AUGAUCAUAGUUACACGUGUAGAUUAUGUGACUCCGCUGUGUUCACAGGUGACAUAUGAGGGUUUGUUAGAUGAAGUAUUUGGUAUACAGAGUGGUUGUAUAGAGUUUGGACAUGAGGUAUCUGGUAGAGACCAGCCAGUGAAGUUAAUGCUGACCAGCCAGGACGAGAUUUUUGAAGAGAUCAGAAAUAGACAUUUUACCAAUGUGUUUAGUUUCUUGAGUGGAAAAGCAAAGGAAGUGCAAUCUGGUUAUGAUAAAAGACACCAGUUAGAAUCGGUGCGUGACAUGAAGGAUUUUGUAGCAAAUGACUUGAAGGAUCUUAAACAGCAGCAUAAAUCUUUGGCUCUGUUUAUUGGUGCCAGUGAGGUGAUCAUGAGCAGGAAGACUAAAGGGAUUGAUUUUGAAGAACUUCUGAGAGUAGAAUACAAUAUGUUGGAAGGAGUCAGUAGAACAGAGAGUAUAAAUUAUAUUGAAGAAAGACUCAACAGACAGUUUAAUUGUCUGCAAACAUUAAGGCUGCUCUGUUUACUGUCACUCACACAAGAUGGAAUCCCUCCCAAAGAAUACAAGUCACUGAAAACUCAGUUUCUUCAUGCUGAAGGGUAUGACUGGAUGCUCACUUUUCAUAAUCUGAAAAAACUUGGAUUGCUGAAAGAACAGGCGGACCAACACAGCUACAAGUCAAUAGGGGGCAGUAAGGGAGGCAAGGGGGCCAAGAUGGCCGUGCCAAGCUUCGGGUCACUGACAUGGAAGAGCUCAUUUCAGACAGCAUCAAAAAGUUUAAAACUGAUUCCUAAAGAUACAGAAAACCUGGACCUGCGGUUCCCCACUGAUAUGUCUUAUGUGUUUGGAGGUGCUUACACACCUCUUAGUUGUAAACUAGUGGAGCAGAUUCUGAACAAGUGCAGUUUUGAGGAUGUUGAUCCCGUACUCAAGACACUGUCCAUACCACGCUUCAGUAUGAUGCCAGCUUCUGCAAGGUUUAAAGCUGACCCAAACAAAUACCUUCGAGUAGUUCUUGUCUACUUCCUGGGAGGAUGUACAUAUUCAGAGAUCACAGCUCUUCGUUUUCUUGGCAAAGUCAAAGGUUACAAAUUUAUAAUUGCUACCACUUCCAUAAUCACAGGAGCAAGGUUGUUAGACCAAGUGACUGAAGUAACUCCCAAGUGA